CCCAUCUUUAGCUUUUGACCAGUAGAAAUCCUCCAUUACUCUUGUAGCCGACCGUAAUUGGCUCAAUGACUUCAAAUUUUCCACCCAACUUUUGUAGAAUUGAACACCAGUUUUCAUACUCUGUAGUAUCGCCGACGUCCCCAGCAGUAAAGGGGAAAAAUCGGCAACAUGACCAUGGAGUUGAAGAAAAAAGCAUAUCACAUUCCGAAAAGUGAAGACGAGAAGGUGUCCAUUGACAUCGCCGAAGCGGACUGCCAAGCCGAAGGCCUUGUCCUGACGACAUGGACCUCGUCUUUUAUCCUCUCUAACCAAAUUCACAAAAUCAAGAUCGACCAUUCUCAACUCCACAGCGACGCAUAUUCCGUCCUCGAGCUCGGCGCCGGUACCGGACUCACAGGUCUCAGUACUGCUUGUAUUUGGGGCACAAAAACGUUGCUGACGGACCUGCCCACUAUCGUCCCCGGGUUGCAGGUAAACGUCGACCUCAAUGCCAAUAUCCUGGGGCGUGAAGGCGCAAGCGCGGCUUGCGGCACGCUCGACUGGAAUCAACCAGAUACGAUACACAUGCACUCGCCUGGAGGCGAUGACGACGGCAAAACAAUCAAAAUGACGGAGGACAACAAGUUUCCCGUCAUCCUAGCUGCAGAUACGAUGUACACCGAAGAGCACCCAAAGUUGAUCAGCCGCACCGUUGCGAAGUGUUUGAGGCGGUCGUCAAACGCUAGAUUCAUUAUCUGCUAUGCGAUGCGCAUCGCCUACAUCGACCCCAUCAGGGAGUUCUGGGGGCUGAUGGAAGAGGAGGGUUUGGUGGUUGAGCAGGAGGGGAGGGAGGAGAUUGAUUUGAAGGAGUGGGAUGAUGAGAAGUUGCAUGAGUGGGCUGUUUUCAAGUGGGGGGAUUUAUAGAGACCCGGUCUGAGUGUUCUCAGCAGUCCGUAUACGCAUCCGCGUAAUUGGAUCCUGCCAAUUACGGUUGGAGAACUGUGGGGUUUUAUUCCCUUUUACACACAUGUUGUCUGCUUGUUGGUUUCCAGUAGACUAGAUACAGUAUUAUGAAAAUAGAAACAAAUAGAGAGAAACGAUGCGGUCAUAAUGGCAUAAAUGGCAUAUAAACAAACCGUGC